AUGCGAGGAGGAACUCACCCCACCUGCUGUGGGUCUUGCAGCCGCCCAACUUGCUGUCAAACCACCUGCUGCAGGACCACCUUCUGCCGGCCAACCUGUGUGGCCACCUGCUGCCAGCCCACCUGCUGCAGCGCUCCCUGCUGCCAGCCCUCCUGCUGUGGGUCCAUUGGCUGUGGACAGACCUGCUGGGGGUCCAGCUGCUGCCAGCCUUGCCGCCGCCCAACCUGCUGUCAAACCAGCUGCUGCAGGACCACGUGCUGCCGGCCGACUUGUGUGGCCUCCUGCUGCCAGCCCACCUGCUGUGGGUCUAGUGGCUGGGGGUCCAGCUGCUGCCAGCCUUGCUGCCGCCCAACCUGCUGUCAAACCAGCUGCUGCAGGACCACCUGCUGCCGGCCGACUUGUGUGACCCCCUGCUGCCAGCCCUCCUGCUGUGGGUCUAGUGGCUGUGGACAGUCCUGCUGUGGAUCCAGCUGCAGCCAGCCAGUGUGCUCUGGACCCGUGUACUGCCACAGAACCUGCUACCAGCCCACCUGCUGCUGCCUGCCUGGCUUCAUCUGUCCACAACGUUGA